AUGGCUUUUUCAAAUCAAACGCCAACAAUUGUUGUAUUAAAAGAAGGUACUGAUACAUCUCAAGGAAAGGGACAAAUUAUAACAAAUAUAAAUGCAUGUUUAGCAAUUCAAGAUACUUUAAAACCAACUUUAGGACCAUUUGGUUCAGAUAUUUUAAUUGUUUCUUCAAAUGGUAAAACUACUAUAUCAAAUGAUGGUGCAACGAUUUUAAAAUUAUUAGAUAUUGUACAUCCAGCAGCUCAAAUGUUGGUUGAUAUAUCAAGAGCUCAAGAUGCAGAAGUUGGUGAUGGUACUACAUCAGUAACUAUAUUAGCUGGAGAAUUAUUAAAAGAAGCAAAACUGUUAAUUGAAGAUGGUAUAAGUUCAUAUUUAAUUACAAAAGGAUAUAGAAAAGCAUGCGAGUUAUGUAUAAAUAAAAUAAAAGAAAUUUCAGUAAAUAUUGAAAAAAAAAAUGUUGAUUCAAAAGAAUUUAGAAAUUUAUUAGAAAAAUGUGCUACAACUGCAAUGUCAUCAAAAUUAAUAAGUUCAAAUUCUGGAUUUUUCACAAAAAUGGUUGUUGAUGCAGUAUUAAGUCUUGAUCAAAAUGAUUUAGAUGAAAAUUUAAUUGGUAUAAAAAAAGUUCCAGGUGGUUCAUUAGAAGAAAGUUUAUUUAUUGAUGGUGUAGCAUUUAAAAAAACUUUUUCAUAUGCUGGAUUUGAACAACAACCAAAAUAUUUUGAAAAUCCAAAAAUAUUAUCAUUAAAUGUUGAAUUAGAAUUAAAAGCUGAAAAAGAUAAUGCAGAAGUUAGAGUUGAACAAGUUAAAGAUUAUCAAGAUAUAGUUGAUGCUGAAUGGCAAAUUAUUUUAAAUAAAUUAGAAUCAAUUUAUAAAUCUGGUGCAAAUAUAGUAUUAUCAAAAUUACCAAUUGGAGAUUUAGCAACUCAAUAUUUUGCUGAUAGAAACAUAUUUUGUGCAGGAAGAGUAAGUAAUGAAGAUAUGGAAAGAGUUAUAAAAGCAGUAGGAGGUAAUAUACAAAGUACAUGUUCAAAUAUAUCUCAAAAAGAUUUAGGUACAUGUAAAAUAUUUGAAGAGAUUCAAAUUGGUAAUGAAAGAUAUAAUAUUUUUAAAGGAUGUCCAGAAACUAAAACUUGUACAUUAAUAUUAAGAGGUGGAGCAGAACAAGUUAUAGCAGAAGUUGAAAGAUCAUUACAUGAUGCAAUAAUGAUUGUUAAAAGAGCAGUAAAUCAUUCACAAAUUGUUGCUGGAGGAGGAGCAAUAGAAAUGGAAUUAUCAAAAUAUUUAAGAGAUUAUUCUAAAACAAUAGCAGGUAAACAACAAUUAAUUAUAGGAGGAUUUGCAAAAGCUCUUGAAAUAAUACCAAGACAAUUAUGUGAAAAUGCAGGAUUAGAUUCAAUUGAAAUUAUAAAUAAAUUAAGAAGUGCUCAUGCAAAAGGUGAAAUUUGGUAUGGAGUUGAUUUUCAAUUAGAAAAUAUUUCAAAUAAUAUGAAAAAUUUUAUCUGGGAACCUGCUUUAGUUAAAAUUAAUGCUAUUGAAUCUGCUACUGAAGCUGCUAAUUUAUUACUAAGUAUUGAUGAAACAAUAUCUAAUGAACAAAAUGAAAAUAAUGGUGCACAACAAGGUAGAGGUAGAGGAGCUAUGUAA